UAAUUAGUUCCUAGCAUAGAUAAAACCCUCUGGAGAUGUCAGAACAGAUGCUCUGUAGAAAUCUGAAAACUAAUUAAUGUGUAGGAGUUGGAGCUAUUUUUUCCUCUUUACUUUAUUCUCUUAAUAUUGAGCACAGUUACAAACAGUAUGCUAGAGGGAAUGAAGAUGAGUACUGCCACGUAUGUCCCAUAUGACUUGUUUGCAAUGCUGAACUGUGCUCAGGACAGAAGGUAAAACUGCCCUGCAGUGAUGGCAUACAGGGUGAUUGGGAGGGAUCCUCUCGGGAGGAAGAGGAGCAAAUAAUGCCUUUAGUGUGUUUCCAUGUUCCCGUGUUUCCAUGUUUCUUGUAUCACCUCACUGCAGAAGGAGCCACCCUGUUGCUGUUCAAAUAACUCUUGAAGCUUUGCAAAAAGGACAAAGUCAUUGCCCAGGUCCAGCAAACCUCUUGCAGACAUCUCAGUCCCACCUCAGUACAUUGCCUGCAAAAACACAAAUAUAGUUGAAAAUGCCUGAGAUGAACUUUCGUUUGAAGUGUGGUCCCUCCGUGCUCUGUUGGCAACAUAAAAGGGUAGGCACUUGGAAUCUGUCCCUUGGGAAGACCCUUUCCAGGAGGACACCACAAAUUUUAUUUCUAAUGUUUCUUAGAAAAGAUAAUAGCUCUCUGCAGUGUAUCUGUCAGCCUGGGCUCUAACAGGGGCCUCUGUGGAGGUGUUAGGAACUCUACAUGCUCUGACAGCCUUCUGCUUGGAACACCCGGAUCCAGCACAGACCGCAGCACCGUCUGUUUACAGCAGAUAGGAGCCAAGCUGUUCCUGCACAUGAGGAAUGCAGUGACUUAAAAAUUCUUCCCUACACAAGCUUAAGAACAAAAGCACAAAGCAGUACAGCCAGUCCAUGGGCUAGCUGAGUAAAAGCCAAACAAGUGUCUUGCUGGCUCCAUCUGCUGGACCCUGAUGAUGUGAACCAUACUGUGAAGCUUGGCUGGACUCACACGGAACAAACACGUCUGAAACUGAAGCACUCCAUGCGUGUCAUGGAAACCUUGAGAAAAGAGAUGGGAACAUCCGUCCCCAGAAUGCAUAAGUGUGAAGAUAAUGAUUUGGAGUUGCAUUCAUUACGGCUUUUCUAGUUGUUUUGGGAUGCCGAGAACAACCCAAACCAAUCAAAUUUACAAGAGAACACAUCCAUAUAAUGUUGGCUUUUACUUUGUCAUGUGCUGGUGUAUAGGAAAUGAGACCUUGAAAUAGUUUAUCUCAGUCUGAUUAAUACACAGUUAAUGAAUUAUGCAUGAAACUCUAAAUGUUUUCCCAGAUACAGAAACAAAAGGGUUGCUUCUGAAGUAGCAGACCAUGGAGGAUAAUUUCAGACUUUUAGAACAUGUGUUAUUCAUGCAUUCCAGCCAACAACUCAAUGGCUGAUGACCGAGCCACACCUGCUGGACUUUGAGGACUUUCCACUGUCUUAUUACACUUACUAAAGUUCCACUGUCCCCUAAAUUCAUCUCCUUUUCACAGAAAAGGUAAAAAUAAAUUUACAAGGAAGCUUCUUAUUGGGUACUGUGUCCUGCACAGAUUACUUUCUUCAAGUAGUCACAUACCUACAGUUAAGAAUGUGAUUUUUCUGCCUCAGAUGCUUGAUACAUUUGAGAAAGUUCAUGUUUUUAACAAAGUUAUUGUGGGACAUCAUUUUGGGGAAAAGAAACAAGAAGUGUGUUUCAUGGGAGUGGUGGUACUUCCCACUGAAAAGGGCCUUUGCUGCUGUUGUGACACAGCUGUCUCUAUAUCUGAGAGCGUUUCAGUGUUCUAAAACCGGACAGAACAAAUUGAGAAGCCAUGGAAACAGUGACUAAGAUGAGAAAAUAUUUGCUUUCCUUGCUCUCUCUUCUGCCAUGGUUGCACAAAUUCUUGGAAUGACUGGAAAGAAAGUUCUAAAAAAUUUUGUGAUUCCGAGAUUCUCCGUCACGCGAGCAUAUUCUUUAAUGAAACCAUAGGGAAUACAGCUACCAGGGGAAUAUGUGAAGAUUCGCCUCAAUGCAUAGAAUUGCUGCACAAUCUGGUAGUUAGAACAUCUAAGAGUAAAUAGUUAAUGCUGUGGACUACCUGAUGGUAGUUGAUUGCAAAUUACAGGUUUUACUGUAGGGAUGUCUCACGUUCUUUUAAUUUUAUGGAAGAUGUAGUAACAGCUGGUUUCUGAAGUUGAAGAGAAACGUUUCCUAAAUAGAAUUAUUUCCUGAGUCGAUGAUGCAAUUAUGGCUAGCUGGAAUAUUUUAAUUAUGAUUUCCAUUUGUAAUCAAAUAUUACAAAAGCACGAGAGAGGGACUAAGAUCUCAUUACGUAUAAAAAACAGUCUGUCUGAACCAUAUACCAGAAAAUGGAAUUAGAAACCUAUCAGUCUAUUACAGAGAGAUGAGGGAAAGAAACCAGAGAACUGUGAAGACUUGGACCAACUGGCAGCAUUAAGAUCCCCAAACAGGCUGUUAGAUGCAGAAAUGUGAAGCACUGUAAACAAUCAGUUCAAGAAAUUAUUUUGUGGGAGUUCAGAGCUGUAGUGAAGUUUGACAUGGAAUGAAGAACUUUCUACAUACCUGCUCUCCAGAACAAGAUUCCUGGGGAAGUCAUGUCACACUGUCACACUGUGGUUUUGUGACUUUGAGAAAGCAUCUUGUCAGUUCAACCAUAUGAGAAACUAUAUUUUGUGAGAUGCUAAGCACAACCAAGGAGAAUAGGCAGACAGACAACUGCAACUCCCCAGAGGAGAAGGAGCAGCUUGGGUGAGCCCAGGGCUAAAAGAACUCUGCAUUCUAAGAGCUAUGGAGAAGACUUUGCUUUUGAGUUAAAUGUUAUCUUGACAUCGCUAGCAAGCAGCACAAGCAAUGGCACUUUCUCCAAGUCUGUCAAGCUGGAAGACCUAACCAGUCACAGACUGCCAGGAUGUGACAAGUGAUUCCUCAGAGCGCUCCCAAGGUUACAACGGCAUUGUUUUGAAGAUAUGUAGUUUACAGAAAAAGACAUCAACUUUUCUUCACCCAGCAGAUACCAGUCCCCAGCAACCUUCAGUGUACUCAUUCUGAUGAUUCCUUAUGGAGGGUAAGGGCCAGGGGACUAUGAAGGGAAGAGGAGGAAAGUUCACAGGUUCCUUACGGAGGAUGAGCAGCUCCUUCAAACGCACUUCAUUUAAGGGCUCAACAUCUGGAUCACAAAAGGGUCAGAAGGCUUGGAUAGAGAAGACCUUUUCAAAAAGAGAAUGCAUUUAUGUAAUUGCCAACAACAAAGACAUUAGCAGGUGCUGCUGUGGCCAGCUCAUUAACCAGCAUAUUCCACCUCCUCCAAGUACAACAGCUAAUAAAAAUGGAGAAGAAACAAAGCAAGUGGAAGCUCAGCCAGAGAAGUGGUCCAUCAGCAAACACACCCAAACGUACCCAACUGAUGCCUAUGGAAAUCUUGAAUUCCAGGGAGGAGGACAUUCAAAUAAGGCCAUGUAUAUCCGUGUGUCGUAUGACACCAAACCAGAUUCUCUGCUGCAUCUCAUGGUGAAAGACUGGCAACUAGAAUUGCCCAAACUCUUAAUCUCUGUCCAUGGAGGCCUCCAGAACUUUGAAAUGCAGCCGAAACUGAAACAAGUAUUUGGAAAAGGUCUGAUAAAGGCUGCCAUGACCACCGGAGCCUGGAUUUUCACUGGAGGUGUUAGUACAGGUGUCAUUCGUCAUGUGGGAGAUGCCUUGAAAGACCAUUCUUCAAAAUCCAGAGGACGAAUCUGUGCCAUAGGAAUUGCACCAUGGGGCAUUGUAGAAAACAAGGAAGAUCUGAUAGGAAAAGAUGUAACACGUGUUUACCAGACAAUGUCAAACCCUCUAAGCAAGCUUUCUGUGCUCAACAGUUCCCACACCCACUUCAUUCUGGCAGACAAUGGUACUCUAGGUAAAUAUGGAGCUGAAGUGAAGUUACGACGUCAGUUGGAAAAACACAUUUCUCUCCAGAAAAUUAAUACACGGCUGGGACAGGGUGUUCCUGUAGUUGGGCUUAUUGUGGAAGGUGGUCCCAAUGUUAUCUCCAUUGUUUUGGAGUGCCUACGAGAAGAACCUCCUCUCCCUGUAGUGAUUUGUGAUGGUAGUGGACGAGCAUCUGAUAUUCUGUCAUUUGCACACAAGUAUUCAGAAGAAGGAGGGAUAAUAAGUGAAUCUCUCAGGGACCAGCUUCUAGUAACUAUCCAGAAAACCUUCAAUUACAGCAGGAGUCAAGCUCAUCAGCUGUUUAUCAUUCUGAUGGAAUGCAUGAAAAAAAAGGAACUUAUUACUGUGUUCCGUAUGGGGUCUGAAGGGCAACAGGACAUUGAGAUGUCUAUCCUAACUGCUCUCCUCAAAGGUACCAAUGCAUCUGCUCCAGACCAGCUCAGCUUGGCUUUAGCCUGGAACCGUGUAGACAUUGCACGCAGCCAAAUAUUUGUCUUUGGACACCACUGGCCACCUUUAGGAAGCCUUACAGCUAGUGAUGGCACAGCCCCUGAGAAGGAAAAGAAAUCUCCAGCAGUUCAGACUAAAGCAGCCAGAGCGAAAGGAAAGGGGAAGAAAAAAGGAGGAAAAGUAAAAGAAGAGCCAGAAGAAGAAACAGAUCCAAGGAAGCUUGAACUCUUGAACUGGGUGAAUUCGCUGGAGCAGGCUAUGCUGGAUGCACUGGUUCUGGAUCGAGUGGACUUUGUUAAACUACUCAUUGAGAAUGGAGUUAACAUGCAACAUUUCCUCACUAUUCCUCGACUGGAAGAACUUUAUAAUACUAGAUUGGGUCCUCCAAAUACACUGCAUUUGCUAGUCAGAGAUGUGAAAAAGGGCAAUCUUCCACCAGAUUAUCAUAUCAGCCUAAUAGAUAUUGGUCUUGUACUUGAAUAUCUCAUGGGUGGAGCUUAUCGCUGCAACUAUACUAGAAAAAGUUUUCGGACUCUUUAUAAUAAUUUAUUUGGACCAAAGAGGCCAAAAGCUCUUAAACUACUAGGGAUGGAGGAUGAUGAGCCUCCUAUGAAAGGAAAGAAGAAGAAGAAGAAAAAAGAGGAAGAGAUUGAUAUUGAUGUGGACGACCCAGAAGUGAGCCGCUUUCAGUAUCCAUUUCAUGAACUGAUGUUAUGGGCCGUGCUGAUGAAAAGGCAAAAGAUGGCACUCUUCCUUUGGCAACGAGGGGAGGAAACUAUGGCCAAAGCACUUGUUGCUUGUAAGCUGUACAAAUCUAUGGCGCAUGAGUCUUCUGAAAGUGAACUGGUGGAUGACAUCUCUCAGGAUCUGGACAACAACUCAAAAGAUUUUGGCCAGCUAGCUGUUGAACUCUUGGAUCAGUCCUACAAACACGAUGAGCAGAUUGCCAUGAAACUACUGACCUACGAACUAAAAAACUGGAGUAAUUCUACCUGCCUGAAGCUGGCUGUGGCAGCUAAACACAGGGACUUCAUUGCUCACACGUGCAGCCAGAUGCUCUUAACAGAUAUGUGGAUGGGGCGACUACGUAUGCGAAAAAACCCAGGCCUUAAGGUUAUAAUGGGGAUUCUCUUCCCUCCAACCAUCCUUUUCCUAGAGUUCCGCAGUUAUGAUGAUUAUUCUUACCAGACAUCACGAGAAAAUGAAGAAGGCAAAGAAAAGGAGGAGGAAAAUGUGGAUGCAAACGUGGACACAGGUUCCCGGAAAGGGGAUGAAGAGAAUGCAAAUAAAAAGCAAAACAGCCUUCCAAUUGGAACAAAGAUCUAUGAAUUCUAUAAUGCUCCUAUUGUCAAAUUUUGGUUCUACACAAUAUCAUACCUGGGUUACUUGAUGCUAUUUAACUAUAUCAUCCUGGUGCGGAUGGAACGGUGGCCAUCUGUCCAGGAAUGGAUUGUCAUCUCCUACAUUGUGACAUUGGCUUUAGAGAAAGUAAGAGAGAUUCUCAUGUCAGAGCCUGGAAAGCUGAGUCAAAAAGUGAAAGUUUGGCUCCAGGAAUACUGGAAUAUUACUGAUCUGGUGGCUAUUUCAGUAUUUAUGAUAGGAGCAGUUCUUCGCCUACAGAACCAGCCUUACAUGGGUUAUGGAAGAGUAAUUUACUGUGUAGAUAUAAUUUUCUGGUACAUUAGAGUACUAGAUAUCUUCGGUGUGAACAAAUAUCUGGGACCUUACGUCAUGAUGAUUGGAAAGAUGAUGAUUGACAUGCUCUACUUUGUGGUCAUCAUGCUUGUGGUUCUGAUGAGUUUUGGAGUAGCACGCCAAGCAAUCCUGCACCCAGAUGAGGAGCCUUCUUGGAGACUAGCUCGGAACAUCUUCUAUAUGCCCUACUGGAUGAUCUAUGGAGAGGUGUUCGCAGACCAGAUAGACCCUCCUUGUGGAGACAAUCUUUACGAUGAGGAUGGUAAACGUCUCCCUCCGUGCAUACCAGGGGCCUGGCUCACUCCCGCUAUUAUGGCUUGUUACCUCUUGGUAGCAAAUAUUCUGCUGGUAAACCUGCUGAUUGCAGUCUUCAACAAUACCUUCUUUGAAGUAAAAUCAAUAUCCAACCAAGUCUGGAAGUUCCAGCGGUACCAGCUGAUCAUGACAUUCCAUGACAGACCUGUCCUCCCACCACCAAUGAUUAUCUUCAGCCACCUCUACAUAAUCAUCAAGCGAGUCUGCUGUCGCUGCAAGAAGCGUGAAGGAGACCAGGAUGAGCGUGACAGGGGGCUGAAGUUAUUUCUAAAUGAUGAAGAGCUAAAAAAGCUGUACGAGUUUGAAGAGCAGUGUGUAGAAGAAUACUUUCAGGAAAAAGAGGAUGAGCAGCAAUCAUCUAAUGAUGAACGCAUCAGAGUUACCUCUGAAAGAGUUGAAAAUAUGUCAAUGAGGCUAGAAGAAGUGAAUGAAAGAGAACAUUUCAUGAAAGCUUCUCUUCAAACAGUUGACCUUCGACUCUCUCAGUUAGAAGAACUAUCUGGUCGGAUGGUGAAUGCUCUUGAGAAGCUGGCAGGUGUUGACAAAUCUGAGCUAACGUAUACACGUUCACGGGCUUCAUCUGAAUGUGAUGCUGCGUAUCUCCUAAGGCAAAGCAGUGUCAACAGCUCGGAUGGCUACAGCAUGUACAGAUAUCAUGUUGGUGGCGAUGAGUUAGCAUAUGAUGACAGCACAGCUCCAAUGUCACCAGCCAUAGGAUCACGUAAAAAAGCUCAUUCUGUUGGUACAAAAGAAGAUGGAGCAGACCCAAGGAUGCUGGUUCCAGAGCACCAUACCAGUCUCCAUUAUACCUCUAAUGCUAAUGCAGUGACCCCAGCAGAUUGCAGUAGAUCUGCAUUAGAUAUUGCACAGAAUAUUUCCAGUCCCCAUUCUGGCUCAGGUGGUUUAGGGGAUGAAAACCAAGGAAUUUUCAAGAAGGAUGAAAUGGCUCCUCAAAGUUUAAACCAGAUGGAUGUUGUUAUGAACAGACAAUCGGUACCAAGAUCAGAUUUUCGGAACACUCAGCUGAAAGUAGAACGUACCAAGUUAGAGGCAACCAUCUCUUAUCCCUUGGACAAAUCUAAAGCAAUGCGCUAUUUUCCUCCUGAAACAUUCAGUGCUUGUCAAACUACUAUGAUGAAGUCAAGGAGCUUUAUAUUUGCACAGGGUGGGAAGCUGGUUGGAGGGGUAAACAACUGGACAACAGAAUAUAGUACCAUCAUGGAUCAGGUGUGCCCUUCAACAAUUGAGCAGUGGGCUACAGAGUGGAAAUAUGAAGUUCAGCAGCAACUUUCUCAAGAACGUCCUCCGGAAUACCCAGGUAUUAUCUCUGAAGCAGAGAGGCAAGCAGAACAGAAACAAUUACAAAUGGACACAGAUGAUGACAGUGAUGUUGGUGAAGCAGGUAUUAGUGCCUCUUACGCCUCUAUGCCUGCUGCUGUCAAAACUCAGACAGAGAACUUGUUAUCAGUAAAGCCAGAAAGGACUUCUGGGUUCCCAUCAGUACGAUCGAAGAGUUUGCACAGCCAUUCUCGGAAAGCCAAGUCUAUAAAGGACAAAUUAAACAGACCAGGACAUGCCACUAGUGUAACUAACUUAGUAGUAGCAUUUGGCAGUGCAACAGAAGAGCAGAAAGCUAGGCAAGAAAAUGCGUCCACAGAAACUGAGUGUUGAAAUGGCUUAUGGCCCCUGUUUUAUUGACCGUCAAAAAAGUAGUGCGGCUAAUUGAAAAAAAGAAGGAUUUUUUAACUAAUUUAUACAGAAUAAUGUUGCAUACAUUUGUUUUUCUUCAUUUUAAACUUAUUAGGUACAUGUUCUGCUCUUAACUACAUCCUUGCCAGGUCAAGUGAAAGGGAGAUACUCGCUCAGGGGCAGAUAUAAAAGCAGGCUGCUCUGCAGAUGCUGACAGUAUUGAUCUUUCUUUGUUCCACUUCCACUUCCCUUGUAAACUCAUUUACUGAUAGAGUCUUCAUAAAAGCUCUUGAAAGGACAAUACAAUCAUUUAAUAAAUUAGAAAAUAUUUUUUCUUCUCUAUCAGAAGACUACUUAAACUGCACUAAUUUUUAACCAGCCAUUGUUUUUAUCCUCACACAGCUGGUUUCUUUGUGGCCACUAUGUUUUCAGAUCAAAACAAAAUUGUUGAAUGCAUGGAAUAACUAUGUAGUCCUAUUUCACUUCUUGUUUCAUGCAUGCUUCUUGGGUAGUACUUUCAGAAAGGCAGAAUGCAGCAGCUUCUACCCAAUAGAAUACUUCUGAGUGGAAAAAUACAGUUAUGUUUGGAAAAACCUGACCUGGAAUGCUAUGCAUACACAUAUUCUUGACCUGUCCUUGAACUUGGCUGACAUAAUCUGCUUUCAGGAUCAUAUCUGUCUCUGCCCCAAAGCAUUCUGGCAGCCUUAAACUGUUGAAAAACAGUGAUCAUUGUUUCAAAAUGUUUAGAGAGAUUUUCAGUAUUUAAAGUGUAGAUUGAUUUUAAUAAUUUCAAUCCAAGGUCUGCAUUAAUGUUUUAUAUAAACAGUAACAACAGAAUCCUAAGUAGAGAAGGAAACUGUUUUGCCUGCAAAAGAAAAAAAACAAACAGGAAAUGUGUUUUGACUGGGUGAGAUCAGAACACAGCCAAUCUGCAUUUGAAGUAAUUCUACUUGACAAACUGAUCUUUAAUUCUGCAAUUUCAUCAUGACAAUGCACAGGGAACAAGAGUUUCUAUGAGUCAAUCUAAACAAAAAAAUAAAUUCUAUAGAUGAGGAGAGGAAUUCCAUGUAUUUCCUUGAGUCAGUUUCAAAAAGAAAUUUCAAAUGGAAAAGCCCUCUCUACAGAGCAAAUAUUUUCCAUCACUCAGCAACCAAGACUGGAAAUGCACAUCUCUAGUUACAGUUAGCCAGAACGCUUGACUCAGCAGCAGCAUUCCGUAUGCUAGGUUUGGGUAAUUUCCUUCCUAGUAGUGUGAUUUUUCAUUUGCCUCAUUCUUUGUUAUGUUUUAGGAAUUCUGUUUUCCUAAAUAUCCAGCCCUUCUCUCUGCAGGGAAAGCAUACCAUUUAGCAAAAAAGAAAGAAAAUAAGUUAAAACUGUGUUACUUGUUCACAGAAUACCGGUCAAAAGUUUACACUUAACUCAGUAACAGCACUCAUUUCUACACUAUUUUGAAAAGACAGAAUUUCUUUUUCCCCCCCAUCAGCUCCUCAUUAUGUUCAUUUCAGUAUUAAUGCUUCUUAUAGCACACUGGAAUACAGAGACUGAUGUAAGACUUUAAACUGCAUUGAUGGCAUCAGAUUUUUAUUAUUUGCAUUAUAUUUUCAUACUCCAUCCAUAACGACUUUUGAAGUAUUGCUACCAUGCUGCUUGAUCACAGUGACCGCCUGGACAUUUCGGAAAGGUUAACAUACAUCUUUGCCAGCUUGAUCUUAUGAGCAUGUUUACUGGUUUCACUAUUAUCAGAACAGUGUUGACAUUUGUUUUUCAUGAGGGCUUCUUUUUUUAUUCAAGUUUAGGGAAUGUGACAUUUUAUAUAAACAGAAUGACAUUUGAAAUUGUUUCACUUCCAUGUUUACUUUUGUGUUACCUUUCUAUGCAACUACACAGCAAUUUCGUAUGCAUGGUUAAUAUAUCCUCCAAUUUAUCAAUGCCUUUUUAUUGUUUGCCUGCAUGCUCACCAGGAACUAAUUCAUCAACAAACACAAAGGGAUGCAGCCAUUCAGCACUUUGCUAAACAAGCAGAGUGCAUUGUGGACCGCAAUAGUGUGUUGCAUGCCUCUUGUUACAUUGUGUUUAUAAAAUCUGCAUUAAAUCAUGCUUUGUUUGACCA